CCGCCGCCGCUGCUGCCGCCGCCCGGGAACGGGGGAGUGGAGCAUCUUCCCGUCCUCCUCCCUCCCUCCAUCCUCGUCCUCCCUCCUUGCUCCGCUCCUUCCUUUCUUUUCUCCCUCCCCCCACCCCAUCCCCACCCUUCUCCGAGUCUUCCCAGUGCGCGCGGCUAUGGCGUGAGGGGCGCCUCUGCCCCGCGGGGAUGGGCACCAAGCCGGGCCGGACCGAGCCGGUCUCGCCGCCGCCGGGCCCGGCCUCCGGGGCCCCGUGUCCCGAGCUGCUGGCGGUGGCGGAAGAGGCCUUCCGCGGCGGCAACUACGAGCUGGCGGCCGAGAUCUACGGCUCGCAGCUGGCCGAGCUGCCCCAGCCUGAGCGCAGCCUCUGCCUGCGGCGAGGGGACGCGCUGGCCCGGGCCGGCCGCGCCGCCGAGGCGCUGGACUCGUACAGCGUGGCCGCCCGCUUGGGCAGCCUGCGGCCGGAGGAGCUGAAGGAGCUCGUGGAGAGCUGCGCCCUGGCCAUCCGCGAGGAGCUGCGCCUGCCCCCCUGGGAGCCAGCCCCCGCCGGCGGCGGCGAGUCCAGCGCCGGGGAUGAGCCGGCUACGGCCGCCGGCCCACUCUCUGCCGCCGCCUCCGCCUCGUCCUCCAGCCUCGGCGCUGCCUGGGGCUUGUUCUGCUGCCCGCGGUGCCGGCUCCUGCUCUGCGACCCAGUGACCCUGCAUUGCGGACACACUCUGUGCAAGCGCUGCACCGAGACGGACCCCGGGCUUCCCGCCGGCCCCUGCUGCCCAGCCGCCAAGUCCCCGCCCAGUCGAAGGGACAGCUGCCCCUCUCGAGUCAACGUGGUACUGGGCAACCUGCUCGAGAAAUGUUUUCAGACAGAGAGCCGGGUGCGGAGGCUAGCCAGCCAGGCGGAGAGUUUGCGGCACCAACACGAGCUGGACGCAGCCUUGCACAAAUACGACCAGGCUUUGGAUCUGGCUCCUGGUGACAGUUUGUUAACAGUACAACGAGCAGAAUUAUGCACAGUCAUGAAGAAGUAUACUCAAGCCCUUCAUGAUGCAGACGUAGUUUGCAGAAGUAAACCCCUAUGGCCAAAGGGACAUUAUGUGAAAGCUCAGGCUCUUUCUGGAUUGGGAAGAACUGAGGAGGCAUUGAAGGAGUUUCUCUAUUGUGUUGCCUUAAAUCCUGGACGAGGAAAAGUAAAGAAAGAAGCCCAAAAGGUAAUGUGUGAAGUGUUUUUCCCAGCUUUGGAAAAUGUACAUGAAAAUUUAACAUCUUCCUUCCGAAGUCGAACACCUUACACCAGAUUGAAACCUAAAUUUACAAGUAACAUAAAUACUCAGUCUGAACUACGAGAUGAUUCUAGUGCAGGAUGUUCUAAGGAUUCUUUGUUCCAAUUCAAUAAAACUCUGUCCCAGGAGUCUGAUGUCUAUCAAAACUCCGAUUCUUCAGUUUCACAUCUUGUACUCGAUCAACAUUUUGAAGAUAAAAAAAAGACUUUUAAAACAACCCUUUCCAGUGUGUCUAGCACUAGUUUAAAGAGAGAGUUUCCUACUGAUUUGGAAGAUGUGCAGAAUUUGAACGUCCCUAACAAAAUUUCCAAGGAAGAUGGAGAGACCUUGCCUCAAAUUGUUUCAAGUACUAACGUGGGAGAGAGUCCAGUAAUCUUGGUAGAUGCAUCAGACUUUGAAUGUUCUCUUUGUAUGAGGUUAUUUUAUGAGCCUGUUACCACGCCAUGUGGACAUACUUUCUGCCUAAAAUGUCUUGAGCGCUGCCUUGACCAUACGCCAGAUUGUCCGUUGUGCAAAGAGAAGCUUUCUGAAUUUUUGGCAAGCAGAAGUUAUAAAAAAACCACAUUGACCGAAGAAUUAAUACUUCGCUAUUUACCAGAAGAGUUAUCCGACAGAAAAAAAGUUUAUGAUGAUGAAAUGAAGGAGUUAUCAAAUUUGACUAAAGAUGUUCCCAUCUUUGUGUGCACCAUGGCCUUUCCUACAAUCCCUUGUCCACUACAUGUCUUUGAACCUCGAUAUAGGCUUAUGAUAAGAAGAUGCAUGGAAACUGGCACCAAACGGUUUGGCAUGUGUUUAGCUGAUGAGCUUAAAGGGUUUGCUGAUUAUGGAUGCAUGUUGGAAAUUAGGGAUGUCAGAUUUUUUCCUGAUGGAAGUUCAGUCGUUGAUACAGUUGGCAUUAGUCGCUUCAGGGUCUUAAGCCAUGGUCUGAGAGAUGGAUAUAACACUGCAAACAUUGAAUACCUUGAAGAUAAAAAGGUGGAGGGACCAGACUAUGAAGAACUUGUCCAUCUUCAUGAUUCUGUGUAUGAUCAAGCUGUUUCCUGGUUCACUUCUCUUAAGGAGAACAUGAAAGCACAAAUUUUAAAUCAUUUUGGGUCAAUGCCAAGCAAGGAAUCUGAGCCACAGAGUAAUCCUAGUGGUCCAGCAUGGUAUUGGUGGCUCCUGGCUGUGUUGCCAUUAGAAAACCGGGCUCAGCUUGCUAUACUUGGUAUGACAUCCCUUAAAGAUCGUCUAAUUGCCAUCAGGCGUGUAUUAAUAUUUGUAACACGUAAAAGACCCAGAUGACAAGGGCUAAUUUAUAACCAGACAGAGGACAAACUGAGAUUUUUGUCUCUCUCAAGAUUGUUGGAAACCCUUAUGCUUUUAAGUGUCAAGCACAGGUGAAUAGCCAUCCAUUUUGGUGUGUGAGACACACUAAUUAUAGGGUCACAAAAUGGACAAUUUAUUAAACUUUGAACCCUACUCAGAAGUGAAAACACUGUGCCUGCCAUCCUGGUGGAACCUGAGCCUCUAUAAUGUAAUUCUGCAAUUAUAUUGGAGUCCAUAGAUGUGGAAACAAUUUUAAAAAAACUCUUCAUAGUAAAUGCUUCUAGCCUGCAAUACACUGUGCUCAAAGCACUGGAACACCACAAGUGGCUUAUGUGCAGUUUGAAUUUGAUAGGGGAAAAGAACUCCCUUGACAGUAAAAUCUCUUGCUAAAUUAGCUGUAUUUGCCAGAGGGAAACUAAAUUUUCAUGUGGAAGUAGUUUUCCCAGAGCACAUUGCUGAUACACAAUGUUGCCACCCUUUUUUGUGUUUACGAAAUAUUCUUGUCUGUGAAGUUGAGUAGUUAAGGCAUUGUCCAAUGAAAGCUAUGUAAUGUCUACAUAAGUGAUAGCUACUAAAUAGAGCUGUAUUUGGUAGCCUGUAGUAGUCCCUAGUGUUGUAAUUUGCAUGUUGUCAUCAAAUGAAUGUCAAAAUACAUCUGAAAGAGGUGUACUUUGAAAAUAGAAAAACCUAAAAGUAGUGCAUCUGGUCGGAAGCUAGCUAUUCAGUAAGGAAUCAAUAAGACCAAGGUAGUUCACUACAUUUAUAGGGAUGUCAAAUAUACAGCCUAUAGGCUGGAGCUGGCCCACUGAACAUUUAAAAAAUAUAAAUAACCCUAUCUUAUUAAUUCAAUGAAUGAUGUGUGUUUUGUGAAAUAUUAGUCUAGCCCACCAUUAUUUUCAUAAGCAGAAAGUAAGCCCAUCAACAGAUUUGAGUUUGACACCCCUCCACUACUACAUGAAGAUGUUAAAGGCUGCUACGAAAUAGUUUUCUGUUUCAAUUCGGAUCCACGGAAAGUUUAUGAUUGUGUGUGAUUGGUGUGGGUGCGUAAGCAUUCCGCAAGUUUCCCUAUAACACCAGCUUAAAAAUCUUAACCCUUGUUUUUAGAAGCAGAUAGCCUACAAUGAUCAGAACAGGUAUUAUCUAUUAAAGAAGUAUGCCUGUAUGUGCCAACCUAAUACGUAUUAUGUUUGGAACAGUGUUGGUUAAAAGAACUAUUUUAACCUGUACUGGUUACUGUUCUUUUUUACAUAUCAGUUGGUGCAUGUGGACAGAUUCUUGGUCCAUGAUAUUGAUGUUCUCAAUAUGAAAGAAGGCAUGGACUUGAUGUAAAUGAAAGGCAAAUCUCACUUCAAGUUUUGUUAUCCUCAUUCAAUGUAUAUGGUAUUUGGUUUUUUAAAAUAUAUUUCAUAAUACCAAAUGUUUCUGGUUUGUCAGUCCGUUAAUCAGAUAAUUAGGAAUUUAGUAAAUUGACAGUAUUAUUUUAGUUCAAGUUGUAUGGGUCUCCAAUACAUAAAACUACUUAUAACAGCAGAAGGUUGGGGGUGGGGUAAAUUUGAUCUUUCCAAGAGACAUGGAGGGUUCCUGUGCCAUGUUAUACUCUUAAGAAAAGGAAUUUUGAAAAUAUUUCAUGAUCAAAUGUUUAAAGUGCCUCACUUGCUUAUUUUGAAUUUCUUAUCUCAGUAGAGAUGUAGUUUAAAAUCAGUUUGCCCAAAUCAGUUCUAAAAUAUUGCAUCAAUAAAAACAUUUAACAACUUUAACAGUAUUCAACUUUUUGGGGCAUUGAAGUCUUUGGUCUUCUGACAAAAAACUAAAAAAAAAAAACAAAAAAAACAAGUGUGUGAUGUUCCAGAAAGCUUUAAUUGUAAGUGGUUCAUAAAAAUUGAUAAUAUGCACUGAAUAUUCUGUAUCUUUUUCCUUGUGGAAAAUAUUUUCUAUCUUAACUCCAUAUACUUGUGAAUGUUAUUAAAAUUUUUAGGCAUAUAAUUUAUCACCAGUGGUAUAACAACUGCGGUAGCUUUUCUGAAAAUUAAGUUUCCAUGGUCAGAGUAAUAAAAGGGUUACCUGUAUCAGUGCUCUUUCCAACAACUUUAGAAACUGUCAGAGUGUCCUCUGCACUGUUGAAAUGUAGCUCACAAUUCUCAGAGAAAGACUUUUAUAGGUGAAUUAGUAUUAUUGUUGUUGUUUUUUCUUUUCUUUCUUCCUUUCAUUUAUUUCUGUUUGAGUCUUGCCAAAUAGAUUAAUUUGUCUUCCUUCCCUUCUUGAAAAGUUAGUACAUGCUAUACAACAAUGCUGCUGCACAUCAGAGCAACGCACGUAUUUUUGCUACCAAAGGAAAUAGGUAAAGAUCUUAGGACCCUCUUGAAAGUUCAUAAUUUUAGUGCUAUUGGAAAAUACCAAGUCUAAUAUUCAGCAGCACCUGAGUACUUGAAGUACACCUGGAUGACAGAUCACUUAACUUACCAGAAAGCCAGGUUUAUAUUUGCCACCAUAAUUCUUUGAAGGAAACCUUCAAGUUAAGAAUGAAUGGAAAAAAACCAAAACACUCAAACUUCAAUUCAUUGAAAUUCUGUCCAAAACUUGGGAGCAUUAAAAGUAGUUUGGGAAAAUCUCAGAAUUAACAGCCAAUCAAAUCUUUUUUAUUAACUAAGAUUAGAGACCCAACAAUUUUUAAGGACUCCUUGAAAAUUAAUAUAACUUGUUAUUCAAAGCCAGGGCCUUUUAAUUUCAUUUUGAAAGGAGUGUUCUUGAACAGUAUCGUUUUAGUCAUAUCAGCUUAACAACUUCUGCUUUUUCUUUCUUUUUAAUGAGUAUUUUUAACUUGUACUAAAUCUAAUAACAGUAAUAUCAAUUCUUAGGGUAAUUUUUGUUCCCUGAGUACAGCUAAGCUCUCUGUUAUUUAACAUCCUUUAAACUGGAACUGACAGUAUGGUAAUAGCAGAAGAUCACCGCAUGUGGAAUCAGGAAGGAGCAGGGUCAGAUCCUACCUGCAUCAGUCCUUGUGUCGUUUCCUUUCUGUGCCUCAGGUUCUUCAUCAGGUUGAUGACUACUAAAACUCCUUCCAGUUCUCCCGAUGUUCUCUCCCUAGCCAGAUGAGCCUGUUUAUAUCUAAGGUUGCAAAAAUACAAGAUAAAAAUGGGCACUAGCUGCAGUAUUGUGAAAGUUCACAAGAUGAGGACGUUUCUACAUCAAAGUAGAAACACUUUUGCUUCAAAAUGAGAUACCCACAAUUUUCUUUCCCAGAGCAGAAGUUAGAUUUUUUGGCAGUUGUAAAUAAUGAAAAGAUGGAAUGUUGAGACCUGUGUCAGCAGCCCCAAGGUAAGAUUCUUUUACUGUAUAAAAAAUGGGCCAAUGUUUACCCAUUUUUAGGAUUGAUAAGUACUAGAAGCAGUUUGUUUUGUAGUAAAUAACCCUUCAUGAACAGGAGAUUAAAUAUAUGUGAAAGGUAUCAAUUUUGAGAAGUUCUUGUAAAGAAUAUCUGAAUCAAAUUUUGGUGUUAUUUUAUUAUAUUAGAAGUCAUUGGAAUUUAGUAAUAUAUGCAUCGUACUACCAUAGUAGUGGCUAUUAGUCAGAAUACACUGUUCUUUAAAAUUGCCAGAUAACAGAGAGUUUACUGUAAUAUUUUAAAUUUUCCCUAUUGAAGUAGUUCUGUGUUUUUAACUCCUCUAAUCUUUUUUCUGUUGUCUUUUCUAAUCACUCAAGCUAGAGUAAUUUCUACCAAUUCAACAUUUAUAGCCAAAAGUUGUAUACUUUAUUCAUCAAAUAAAGUUAUAACCUAAACAAAUUUGAAUAGUAACUUUCCAGAAAGAGGAAUUGUGACUGGAAAUAAUAAAAAAGAAAAGGCAAUCCAGGAAGUUUGAAACAGAAAAUUACGGGUAAUAUCUAUUUCUACAGCACUCAUGGCAUUGUUUUUCCUAGAUGGGAGUCUCUUCUCCCAUAAAACAGCACAGGAAUCACAGAUUGUCAGUGGCAACUGGUGAUUCUCUGGGCAUUCUCUUCCCAGCAUCAUUUCCCACUAAAUGGCAUAACAGUAUUUUGGAUAAGUUCUUUUCCUGUUGCCUAUUAAAACCUAAAUCAGAAACACAGUCAUGAGUAGGUAAAGUGGGAGCAUUUCUUAUAUUGAGCCAUCCAUACAGGUAGAAAACACUGAACCCUGAAAUGUUACUGAUUCUCACCCCCUUUUCUCAUUGGUGCUAAAUAUUUAAUCCUAAGCAGUUUGCAUCUAAACUUCUAGGAAAGGACCAACUGAAGUACUCGGAAAAAGUUUAAAUGCAAAGAAAUGUUGACCCAAGUCUGACCAACCCAUAGAAUAGCCUUUCAGUAACAGUUCUGCCUUUAGUAUAUUCUGCAUUUUAUAAAAUAUUAUUUUGGCAUGAGAUAGUCACAUAAAAGUGCCACAGCUCCACUCUGGCAAAGUUGGGGAUCAUAAUUCAUGCUAAGAUAUGUGUAUCUGGAUUCAGCUCAUGGAAGACAUCUACCCUUGGCAAGUAAGUAAAAGUGUGGUAUGGAGGUAGGCCUUGUGACUGCAACCACCCCAACUAUGUAAUUUGUGUAUGGCAUCUCAAUGAAGAAGCCACUUGUCUCCACCAUGAAGUAGAAGAAAAGCCUUUGAUUGCAUGAAGGGUUAAAUAUUAGAGGUGUGCACUCAAGGUCAGAGAGUAUGGAAACUUCUAGGUAAGGGAAUUUGGACCAAGAUUCUGCCCUGAAUAUGUUGCCCAAUUAAUGAGACUGGAUUGGCAAAUAUAAGCCUUUAGAAAGAAAAAAUGAAAAUCAGUUUUUAACAUGAAUAGACUCUUUAACUUUUUGCUUUUCAGGGACCAUUUUUUAAAAUGCCAUUUGGGGCCUUUGCCAUCUAUCAUAACAACAUAGUUUGUCAAGCUUUGUACUACUAACAGUCUGAUCAGUUACAGACUUUCAUACCUCUCCCUGCAUACCCCCACACAGUUUUCACACUGAAAUACAUGGAAAAACUGUUCUUGCUAAGAUGGAAAGUUGUAUACUGUAUUCAUGUGUAGCUUUCAUGCUAGUGGAGUUGGUAUUGGUAGCGCCUUAAUUUUGCAGUUGUGAAAUGAUUGUACCAAUUAAGAAUCUGAUCUGUAUUUUUUAUAUAAUUAAAUGAGCAGGUUUGAACAAGUAAGUUUUAACAUAGAUAAACUUGAAAUGAAAUCAUGCUCUUACCUGUUUAAAGAUAGACAAUGUGUUCUUACAUCUGUGUAAUAUAAAUUAUUAAUCUGCGCCUUCUCUUUUAUAUUAAGUAUAAGACAGGUCCAUGUUGUCAUAACAGUGUUUGGCAUUCUUGUUGCAUAAGUAAAGCCAAACUGAAAUGCUGCAAUAUUCACUUCAUGUAUAUUUGUAAUAUUCAUUGCAAAUGUGUAUUUAAUUUAUGUGAUGUUUGGAAUAAAUAAAUCAAAUUCUCAUUGUUGCA